AUGCCGCUCCACGCAGAUUCUCCAUGCUCCAGUUUCGGUCGGUCGCAUCUACGAUUCCAAUCGCCAAAUGAGUUCCCCAUCCAUGGCCCAGACCCUCAUCCAGACCACCACGAUUUGUUCGGAGACCAGCAAGCGAAUACCCGCUUCUGGCAGAACGGGCCGUGGGUUGGCGGGGAUGGCAACACUCCAAAUGACGAGACCCGACCGUUCUUUGGACCACAUAUCUUCGGACCGCACGAACGACUCAAACAUGACUAUGCAUCAUCCGACAUCUCCCUGGGCAAGGGACCUGGAUCCCUGCACUCUGUCGAUAUGGCAGGCUUUGGCCCCGACAUGAAUGAUGACCUCGGACUAAGUCCAUAG